GUUUGGAUACUAGUAGUACCUAUAUAAAUAAGCAUAAUGACAUCGUAGUAUAUAUCAUCUUCUAUUACUUAAUAUAUAAGUUCAUAAAUAUAUGAUCAGAGAGGACAUUUUUGAUCAACAAGCUGCAUGCGAAUCCUUCAGAGAAACGGUCCCUAAUUCCCACACCACAGUUCCUUUUUUUGUUCUUCAUCUUCCUUAUCUUUGAGACAUCAAAAGAUUCUCUUUUCGUGUCUUUUUCUAGUUGGAAUCUUUACAACAUCAACAUAUUCUUCACUUUCAAAUCCAAACCUUAGAAAAUUCAAAAACCCUUCUAAAAAAACUCUGUUUUUAAUAUCAUGCACCGUCGUCUUCUUGUAACUGAGCUAACCGUUAAUUCAGCAACGCAGUCAAAUGGAACCAGAAAUUUUCGAGAUUCUAACAGCAGUGAUGCUAGUAAUAAUUUUGACGCCAACAUGGUUAUAAUAUUGGCUGCUUUACUGUGUGCUUUAAUUGGUGCUUUAGGGUUGAAUUCAAUCGUACGUUGUGCUUUUCGUUGUAGCACUCGGUUUUCUUUAGAAUCAGCUCAAGAAAAUGCGGCUAAAGGGCUCAAGAAACGUGAUUUGAGACGGAUUCCUGUCGCGGUUUACGGUGCCGGAGCUGAUAUUCCGGCGACGGAAUGUCCAAUUUGUUUAGGAGAGUUUAUCGACGGAGAGAAAGUUCGUGUUCUUCCUAAAUGUAAUCAUGGUUUUCAUGUGAGGUGUAUUGACACGUGGCUUUUGUCACACUCUUCUUGCCCUAAUUGCCGCAUUUCUUUGCUUGAAAAUAUGGCGGCGGCGGCUGCUGAGGAGAGAGCUGGACCACGGUUGCCGGAGAAUAAUCCUGGCCGGCAAGGUAAUGUCGUUGAAGGAGAUAGUUAAAGAGAUAAUAUGUAUUAGUGCAUCUUUUAUUUAUUUACGCGAGCUGUGUAGAAGUUAAAAUUUUAUCCCUUUGCUUCAGUAGAUUUAUUUUACUUGUGUUUAA